AUCAUCUCAUGUGAUAUCACUUCCUAGAAAACAUUUUAUCCAGGUGUGUGUUGCCUAAAAGUGACUACAAUAGAAACUGACUAUACCUAAUGGCAUGGCAUUUAUUACAUGGCAUUUCAUUGGCAAUGAAAGCAGGUCAUGCUUAAAUAUAAAAGCUCAUGCCAUUUGGAAACAAGAAACACGACCUUGAUGAGUCUAGUCAGUAGUCACAUAGUCAUUGAUGCUCUUAUGUUAUGGCCUCUGAUUCAUGGGACACAUUUUCUAAAUAUGUUAUGUUGGACAAGACGAAUGAAGAUGAAUACAGCUCAGCCAGUGAUGAGAAUUCAAACCUGCUGGCAGCAAUCGAAACAGGUGAUACUGCAGUCAUCCAUGAACUCAGGCGAUUUCCUUCAGCCUUUAGGGAAGUGGACAGUAAUGGAUUUCUUCCAUUCCACAGAGCUGCCAUGCAACCAUCACGGAAAGUCCUAGAAGCAGUUCUGGCCUCCAGCCAGCCUGACAUGGAAGAAAAAGGUUGGAAUGGAGAGACCGCCUUGACUUUAGCCGUUCAAGCUGGCCUGGAGGAGAACGUCAGGAUCCUUCUGGAACAUGGAGCACUACCACACAACCUCAACAGCAAAAAGGAGUCUCCACUUCUGCUGGCGGUAAGAGUCCGAUCUUUUCCAAUGGUGUACGCUCUCACCUCACAUGGAGCUGAGGUGAAUCAGGUUUGUUCGAAGAGGUGGACGGCACUGCAUGAAGCAGCAAAAGUGGGCUGCAUUGACAUCUUAAUGCUGCUGCUGAGACGAGGCGGACAAGUGUCAGUGAGGGAUUAUGAGGGAGUGACUCCGAUGGGUGUAGCAGCAGAGUGCGCCAAUCUAGAAGUCCUUAAAGUACUCAUUGAUAUUGGAGCUGACGUGAACGCACAGUCCUGUAAGGGUGAAAGUGUGUUGAUGGAUGCAGCUGGUUCAGGAAACCCAGACUGUGUGAACCUUCUGCUUGAAAAUGGAGCCUCACCAAACCUGGCCAGUUUGACCAGGCACCUACCUAUACACCGCGCGGCAUUUGAGGGCCACUACCUGUAAGUGUACAAUAAUUUGAAAUAGUUAAAAAUUAAAAUACAUUAAUGUGAGGGUAGUUCCUUCAACUUUUGAUCCAGUGGAAAAACUUUUCUCACUCUAGUUUAUUUAACAAAGUAGUUUAUUUAAUUUGUACACUAACAAGUCUAACAUCACUUGAGAAUUCUUUUUAAAUUUUUAACAUUUUUUAUUAAUGAAAAUUCUCACCACAGUGUCCUUUAGAAAAGGAAUGUGCUGUUUAAUGUUUAAACAGCACAUUUUUUAAAAAUAUGUUUGGAUAUGUUUGUCUUGCUGAGGCUAAUUGUACAGCUAGACUUUUGUGUAUUUUUAAAUACAUUUUACAUAUUUUCUUACCUUUACAAAAAUUGACAAAAUUACAGUUUUAUAUUGCACAUAUAAUGCACAAAAUAUUCUUCUGUGGUAUUUACCUUGUUUUUCCUUCUUAUUUUCCUAUUUUACUUCUUAUUAGGCACCUAUUGUAUCCGCUGGCGUUCUUCUUCUUCUGUCUAUGACAUCCCAUUGAACCGCUGAAAAUUAUGAAAGUUGGCACACAGAUAGAGGACAGUCUGAAAUGUCACUAUAGCAAAUUUGCAGUCUCUAACUCAAUCCCUCUAGUGCCACCAAUUGUCCAAAUUUGGACUCAUAUUCAUGCUAAUAACUUCUGAACCGUAAGGACUAGAAACAAAAGUUUUUUCCUCUGAUUCCUUGGCUCAAGACUAUGCAAAUGCUAUGACAUUUACCUUUGUGAACAUUUUUCCGCCAUUUUUGGAUUUUCCGAAAAACAAUUUUUAUUUAACUCCUCUUGAUCUGGUUCAAUUUUUGUGAAAAUCUGAGCAACAGCCUAUCUUCAGACCAUGUUGACAAAAAGUUAAUUCAUGGAAUUCAAGUUGACUCUCUGCAGCGCUUUAUCACAUUCAGACCAAACUUGGUACAUGUCAUCACAAGCAUGACCUGAGGCAACAUGCACCAUUUCAGCACAGCACCAUCUAGUGGUCAGGAGAUAUAAAAAAUGGCUAUUUUUGCUUAUAUUUGAAAGUGGUAUGUUAGAUUUGGUAUCGUUAGAAUCCAUAUUUUUCGUAGAUUAUAUAAUAUCCAAGAUUUUCCCAUAUACGCCAUUUUAGACAUCUGCCAUUUUAGAUUUUGAAGUAAAAUGCUGUAUUUUAUGAACGCAUUAACUUAUCGAAACAAAACUCGGUGUUGGUCAUCUGCACAAUUCCCUGAAGGAGCCUGAGAAGUUUCGGGACAGUGCCACCUAGUGGUGUAAAAAAUUAUUUACAUGCUUAUAACUUUGGAUGGGUUGACUUAUUUUAACUGGAGUCAUGUCUUUAGAUUUCUUAAUCCUUGCCAAGUUCAAUGAUACCAGACGUGCUAGAUUUCAGCUUAUGGUUCGUCCUAUGUUGUGAUUUAGCUUUUAAAAAACUUUCACAAAUAACUUUUAGUCCGAUUGAGAUGAAACCACCAUAGGAAAAUCGAAAACAUAGCGAGAUGACUAUAAGCUAAUGGCCAAAUGUCAGAAUUUUGAUUGUAAGUGGCAAAAAAAAAAAUGAAAUCAAAUUCAGGUGUGGGUAAUUUUUUAUGUGCUCAUAAAUAUAAUAGUCUAUAACUCUGAAAUGAGAUAUUUUCACCAAAUUUAGCAUGCUUAUGUAUGGGGGCACGCUGAGCACACACAAAAAAGUGGUGGCACUGCUAUAAUCGAACAAAACAUGAAAUUGUCUCCAACUACAGUACCGUUGGUCUGAUUGACUUCAAAAUUGAAAAACAUGGCUGUCAUUUACAAAAUGGCAAAAAAAAAAAAGAUCUAAAGCUGUAACUGCAAUGGUUUUGCAUAUUGCUAUAUUUUACAAAUGCAUUGGCAUAUGGUUACGAAAUUUGUAAUGAAAUUGUAUAAGCAAUUAUAUCACAUAACAACUCAAA